AUGGGCGAUUCUGGCGUAGCCAUCGAUCGGAGACGAUCUUCCAUCAUCAACACAAAGCAAAAGAAUCGAGGCACUCCCCACUCGCAGCGCAUCAAGACAGCUAUUCGAUCCUUCCGCGUACUCAGAGGUCUGACGCCCGCGCAAGUCGACGCCUUUCUCGCUUCCUACACGAUCUACUCUCUCGACUGGAGCGAUGAAAAGACAAUGGUUGACACUCUGGGGCCUGAUUACCAACAGAAAGUCGGCGCAUGUCUAUCGGACUACUACGGUGUGCUGAACCACCUCUGCGCGAUUGGUGAUUUGGAGAAGAUGUACAUCCCACCAGCAAUGGAUCUCUCCCAGAGCAUUGUGCAAAACCAAAUCCUCUACGAGGAAUCGAUCGUGGAUCAUUUGCGCCUGCCACCGAACGCCAAAGUCCUCGAUCUCGGCUGCGGACGAGGUCGAGUCGCAGCACACAUCUCCACACUCACAGGAGCCUCAGUCACUGGUCUGAACAUCGACGCCGACCAAAUUGCUUCCGCAAAAACCUACACAGCAACCCAUCACCUCCCCAACACCUUCCAGACCCACGACUUCAACAUACUUCCCCUCCCCUUCUCUUCCGCCUCCUUCGACGGCUUCUACCAGAUCCAAGCCUUCUCCCUCUGCGCCGAUCUGCCCGCCCUCUGCUCCGAACUCUACCGCAUCCUCCGCCCCGGAGCCCGCCUCUCCCUCCUCGACUGGGCUUCCCUUCCAGCCUACGAUGCUUCCAAUCCCGAACACAUCAAAUUGAUGACGCGAAUCAAACCCCUCAUCGGCGCAGUGGGAACACCCACUCCCGCAUCUCUCACUCUCGCUCUUGAGGGCGCGGGCUUCCGAAUGGUGAAGAGCGAGAACGUCAGCAUCGACGGCUUGCAGGCUCCGCUGAUUGAGAAGGCGGACGGGACAUUUUGCGCCGUGAAGAGGAUUGUUGAAGGAGCGGUCAAGGUGGGACUCUUGCCUGCGCAUUUCAAGACGUUGCUGGAGCGGUUGACGAAGGAUUGUGAUGCUUUUGUGGAGGCGGAUCGAAGACGUUUGGUGACGACUAGUUGGUGUUGGGUUGCGGAGAAGGUUGAGGAGGGAGACGGUAAGGGACGUAGUGUCGGGUCGAGUGAGAAGAGUGAGAAGAGUGUCGAUGGGAGUGGGAGUGGGAGUGAGGAGAGCGGGAAGAGUGGAGGCAGCAGUGGGAGUGAGACCGUGAGGCUUGUGGUGGACAACGCUGAGAACGACGGAGCUGUGGCGAGGUGA